GAAUUUUCAAAUUCCCAGUAAAGCAAAAGAGGGAAAAAGCAUGGAUCAGUGGAUAAAACAACUGUUACAGGGUGAAAUCUUCUGGCAUGAAGCUACUCCUGCUCCACCUGUCAGUCGAAGUGCUUUUGCGCCAUAUCAAAAUACACCCCUCAGAAUUGAACUGGGGUUGGAGAGUGCUUCAGGUAGUAAUAAUGGAGUGAAUUCUGGAAACACGAACAAGAGAAUGAUUGAAUUCUUGAGGAAGAGUUGGCAUGCAAUGACAGAAACCAAAGACACCGAGAAAGAGAGGUGCUUCCGUCACAUGAUGAACGAGAGAAUGAGGAGAGAAAAGCAGAAGCAAAGCUACUUAGCCUUGCAUUCCAUGCUCCCUCCUCGCACCAAGCAUGACAAGAACUCGAUAGUUCAAACUGCAACUAAGAGAGUUCAAGAGCUGGAAUGGCUAAAGAAAGACUUGCAGAGGAGAAACUACGAGCUGCAGGCAAAUUUGGCUGCAAUGAAUGAGGAGAAAGAUAGUGAAGGAAUCAAGAUUAUAGUAAGGAUAGACAAUCCAACAUCUGGGAUUGAUUCCAUGCUGGAGGCUCUGAAAUGCUUGAAGAAAUUGAACUCAAAACCCAGAAUGAUCCAGUCAACCUUUACUAAUCAAGAAUUCCUCGCAGUGAUAGAUAUUGAAACUGAGAUGGGAGCUGCCCAAAUAGAAAAGGUUGUAAAUAAUACAGUGCAGGAAGCUGAGAGGAAAGUUCAGGAACGUUGGACCAGAAGUUAAAACAGAACAAGGCUGAUCAAAUUUUCUAAUCUUACACCAAUGGAAAACCACACGUGGCGCCAAAGAAGAUUGAAGAAGAGCAAACAAGAUGAGGUCAAUUGACCAUAAACAUAAUCCAUUUGCUUUAAUUGUUAAAUAAAUAGUGGCAACAAUUACU